AUGGUCCUAGGGAACAUAAAAACGGGAGACGCCUCGGCUCACCUGGAAGAGGCAGGCACGGAGCUCCACGUGCGGCUCGGCCAGGAGAUCAGACGCCACACCACGGAAACGUCUCGCGCAGGCGCACAGCGGUCCCCGAGGUCCCGCCUCUUCCGGCCUUCGGGUCCGAUGAGGAAGCCGGAACAUUUGCUCGUCGGGCCGGCGACGAGGCCGGGCAGGAUUCCGGAGCGGACAGCUCCGCUCUCCCCGCAGGCGGAGAAGGCGGUGCCCACGAGGCAUCUUCGACUUCCCUGCCCUCCACUCCGGGCGUGGGCCUUUGGACUCGUAGAGUUCAGUUGGAAAUAUUAUACCCGGAAGCCACCCCUGCCCCUCGAACACUGGCGCCAGAGCUGGGCCCUCCGCCUGACGUCGCCCCGAUAUCGGGGCCCCCACGCCUGUGACGCGGAAACCCUCUUCCUUGACCGCAGGACCCGCGCUGCCCCUCAGCUUGGAGAAGCCGGCUUUCGCAGGCUCGCGCACGGCUCAGGUUGUGAACCGCGGGUGGCGGUGGGGGUGGCGGCUGUGCACCGGGGACAGAGUCCUGCCCGGAACACGUGUACAGAUGGGAGACUCAACUCUUCCGUGGACUGAUGAUACAAGGAAACCCCUAUUCUCCAAUUACACGUGUCCCAGGGCUCCCGUCACUCACUCACCCACCUGCACCUACACCCACACUGAACCAGAGCACUAAAAUACAAGGAAACUUUUAUUUUCAGUUUUCAUCAAGAAAUCUGUUUUGUUUUUUUUUUUUAUGCUUUUGGUUCUUUUCCUUUUUUUUUUUCCACUUUAUUUCAUUCUAGCCGCUCAGGGGCUGGAGCCACUGGGUUCCUGGUAUUAAAAAGAUG